CAUUUUCUCAAACGAGCGGAACGUUCGACAUCGACAUCUUCUGCUUCUUCUACCUCUACCGCCUCUUCGGACGCGCUUCCUGUGCCCUUUGAUACUGCUUUGGGAAACAACUUUACGACUUCUUCUUGUCCUGCUUUUUUCAAGAACUUUCUCUCCAACGAUACCUUUAAUGAAUGUGUUCCGUUAUCUCUUCUCCUACAGACAUCAACUUCUUUCUUCUCCGUCCAACGCUCGCCAGUCAGACUGGCGCAGACACUUGGUGCAUCAUGCAAUGUCAACUUCGACAGCUGUAAAACUUUGAUGGCAUCGCUGGCUCGACAAAUCCAAUCACCAGACAAUUGUGCUGCCGACCUACAGAACCAAAAUCCUACAGUCAUGCAAGCCUAUACUGGCUUUAUCGCUUACCAAUCACUCUAUCACGCUGGAUGCCUACUGAACAGCAACACAGGCAGCUACUACGCAGUCACGAAUGCUUCUUCACCUACGGACAGUUAUGUCUAUUAUCUACCGCUCGGCAUUUCCUUGCCUAGCACCUCAUCACCCAGUUGUUCGAGUUGCUUACGAGAUACCAUGUCCGUUUUUGCAAGUGCGGCGACGAACCAUUCUCAGCCGAUAUCCAAAAUCUAUGGUACCGCAGCAGAAAUGAUCGAUCUAAACUGCGGUGCAGAAUUCGUCAAUGCCAGUAUUCCUACUGUCCCUUCGACAGGCGCCGCAUCCUCGCUCAGUAGUGACUUGGGAGUGUUGGGCAGCAUUGCAUUACUUUUGUCUUUUAUUGCUGUGUCGAUCUAA